AUGGCCGAACCGAUCAGAAACAAGCGACCCGACUUGACGGCCCCUACGCCUCAGAACACACCAGCUACCAAUGCGCCCAUCUCUUCCCACGCUCAGCAACCUGGCGUGGCUAGUAUCAUAGAAGAGGACAUGGAUCGCGCCACUGCCGCAGCGAUUUUCGCCCAGAACCCCAAACUGGUCCAAAUGAUUCAGGGCCGCCUGGGCUCGCUUAUUGGUCGUUCUUCGGGAUAUAUUGAGUCACUCCCCCCGGCUGUUCGCCGCCGAGUUGCUGGUCUGCGUGGCGUCCAGCAUGAGCACUCAAAGCUCGAAGAUGAGUUCCAGAAAGAAGUUCUGGAAUUGGAGAAGAAAUAUUUCGCCAAGUUCACACCGCUCUACGAGAAGCGUGCCGCCAUUGUCAAUGGCCAGACGGAGCCGACCGAGGAAGAGGUCAAGGCUGGUAGCAAUGAAGAUGAAGAGCUCGAGGCUAAUCCUUCAGGUACAACCGAUGAGAGCGCACCGAGGCAGGACGAUGUUCCCGAGGAUGUAGCUGGCAUUCCCGAGUUCUGGUUAUCGGCCAUGAAGAACCAGACGACGCUCGCCGAAAUGAUCACCGACCGCGAUGAGACCGCACUCAAGCACCUGACUGAUAUUCGCAUGGAAUAUCUUGACAAGCCUGGUUUCCGUCUCAUAUUCGAGUUUGCAGAGAACGAAUUCUUUACAAACAAAUCCAUCACCAAGACAUAUUUCUAUCAGAACGAGAGCGGUUAUGGCGGUGAUUUUAUUUACGACCAUGCAGAGGGUGACAAGAUCGAAUGGCGCUCUGGCAAAGAUUUGACCGUACGUGUCGAAGCCAAGAAGCAGAGAAACAAGAACACCAACCAGACCCGUAUCGUGAAGAAAACGGUUCCCACUGAAUCGUUUUUCAACUUCUUCUCGCCACCACAAGCCCCCAACGAUGACGAUGUAGAGGACGAAGAAGCCGUGGCCGAUAUCGAAGAUCGAUUGGAGCUUGAUUACCAGCUCGGUGAGGAUAUUAAGGAGAAACUUAUUCCUCGCGCCAUUGAUUGGUUUACCGGUGAAGCUCUUGCCUUCGAGGACGGCUUGGACGAGGAUGACUUGGACGGCGAUGAUUUUGACGAUGACGAGGACGAUGAUGAGGAUGACAUGAGCGAGGAUCAUGACGAGGACGAAGAGUCUGAUGAGGAAGAUGAGUCCGGAAAGCCCAAACAGGAGGCUGCUGAGUGCAAGCAAAGCUGA